GCUACCACGGCCAAUGCAGAUCUAGAGAAAGAUGACUUGUCUCCAUCUUUCUCUCUUUGUUAGUGCCUGGUAUUGACAAUUGUCAUUUAGAGGCACAGUUCAAAACCUGCAGUGGGCUAACACAAGAGAGAUGCAGAAUAUCUUGGUGGUUCAAAACAGCUUCUGGGGGUCGAUAUUGAUAUUAUAAAUCUUUGGAUCUGAAAGGGUAUCACGUGGAUGUGUUUGCUUGGAGAACUUUGACCUCAAUGCAGAUCCUUAUCUUCUGCCUAACUAAACGUCCUUUUGAGAACCAAAAGCAAUGAACUCUCCUUUAAAAUAGGAAGGGAAGGAAAGUCAAAUUUCUAGUACAUAAAUUCUCCAUGAUCACUUGGGAAGCUCAUUUUAAGCAAAUCGCAUUUGCCUGCAAUAGUUUUGUUUUUGGGUCUGAGUAAUCUUCAACAUGAACCAAUCAGCCACAGAGGGGAAGGAGAAUACAGGAGCAAAAAGGGCCACGGAAGUGAGGGUGGACACGGUGGAUUACCAGUCUUUGGCAGGCGGAGGCCAAGAGCAGAAGAACGUGCAGGUCAUUCACCAGCCCAAUUCCUCUGGAAAUUCAACCACCAGCGGUGGUGUCUUGGCUGAUGCUGCUGCUGCUGCUUUGGAAACUACUCUCCAAUCCGCCAGGGAUGCCAUCUCUAGAAAAUAGCGGCACAAUUCUUUGUAUAAAAUAUGAUAUGAAAAUUCUAUAGGCAUUAUUAUUAUUAUUUUUUAAAUCCUGCCUAUGGAUGGUUUAUAAUUUCAUUGAUCGGAUGGUUUAUACUUUGUACCAUCAAUUUUAUUUCACAAAUUUCUUUAUU